UAGGGCAACCCAUGUUCUGGAAGAAACAGAAGCGAUUGUUUUGCUGUCAAAGUUGUUGCUGUCGUCGAGCUCAGAUUAUUGCUUAUUUCUUGGUUUAGUUUGAAAGGGUUUCUUUGCACCGGUGUCCUUUUUCCAGGUUGAAUAUCAUUAGACAUAUAACAGGCCCUCUUGUUUACAACGCUAGAGGUGAGAUUUGCGUUGGUGGCUUGCUGAAUAAAGGUUAACCUCGCUGGGUAUCGAAUCAAACUAACGUUAACUACAGCUGGACUAGCAACCUUCGACACCCUUAGGCCUUUAGAUCUUUUCCAGAUGGAAGACAAAGACAGCACGCUUGUGAACGGUAACAGCCAGAACUCAUCUGAGAAAAAAUCAGGACGAACUUCUCUGUUAGACAGUGGGGAAGACUUUGAGAUGCUGGAAGAUGUUGAUGAUGGAGUAGAUGAUGAUCUUCCACCUUUAGAAGAUGUGGGAGGUAAAAAGAAACAAAGCAGCCAGGCAGAAACAGCAAAAGCGGAAGCUGUUACAGACCCCAGUCCUUCUCCACCCCAAGAGGAAUGGCUGGAUGUCUUAGGCAAUGGGCAGCUGAGAAAGAAGGUUUUAGAAGUUGGGUCUGGUCCUGACAGCAGACCUCAGAGGGGCCAAACUGUCACCAUUAAUCUUAAGACCAAUCUGACUGAUGGAACCACAGUAGAGGAGGAGUCAAACAUCUCUUUCACUCUUGGUGAUGGUGAUGUCAUUCAGGCAUUGGAUCUCACUGUACAGCUGAUGGAGAUGGGUGAAAAGGCCUUGGUUGAAGCAGGUGCUAAAUAUGCAUACGGAGCUUUGGGGAGCUCUACUCCAGCUGUGCCUCCUGAUGCUGAUCUGAUUCUGGAGGUGCAGCUCCUGUCUGCUGCUGAUGGUCCAGACCUGGAGCUCCUGUCCCCCUCUGAGAGGAUCAGCCUGGCCAGCAAGAAACGAGAACGUGGCAAUGUUCACUAUCAGCGUGGCGACUAUGCUUUUGCUGUCAACUCCUAUGGGAUAGCGCUGCAGAUAACAGAAGCAAGCUCAAGAGUGGACAUCAGCCCACAGGAAGAAGAAGAAUUGUUGGACGUGAAGGUGAAAUGUCUAAACAACAUGGCUGCUGCUCAGCUCAAGCUGGAUCACUAUGAAGCAGCACUGCGCUCUUGUGUCUCUGUCCUAGCUCAUCAGCCAGACAACAUCAAAGCUCUGUUUCGCCAGGGCAAGGUACUAGCCCUGCAAGGGGAAUAUGCUGACGCCAUUAGGAUUUUGAAAAGGGCUUUGAAGUUGGAGCCAAGUAACAAGACCAUCCAUGCAGAGCUGUCCAAGCUGGUGAAGAAGCACUCAGAGCAGAAAGGUGCUGAACAGGCUAUGUAUAAGAAGAUGCUUGGAAACCCACCUGACAUCAACACAGUACAGAAACCCCAGUACAGAAAGUCCUCAUGGGGGCUCAGCUGGAAAUGGCUGUUCGGUGCUACGGCUGUUGCUAUUGGAGGCGUAGCCUUGUCUGUCGUCAUUGCUGCUAGAAAUUAAAUGGAAUCUGUGUUCAGGAUGCUAGUGCGAAGUAGACUUUUGGGUCAACCAACAUACCUGAAUCAUCUUAUAGUACUAUGUUUUGAAACAGGUUUCAGAUGGUGUCAACAUUUGUCUUUCAUUGCAUGAAAGGUGACCUGGGAAAAUAUAGAUGUGAGAAAUGUUAUAUAAAUCCUAUUUAUGUACAAUAUAAACAUAUAAUUGCUUGGAACUGUAUCUAGGUACAGUUUGAUGUAUCCAUUAUAUCACUGGGCACCGUUCUCUAUUGCUGCCAAUUGCCCAGUGCUCCUUGUUUUGAAAGGUAACGACUGGACUUGCUGACGUUUUUGUUCAGGUGAUGUGGUUUAAUCUAGGUUCUCUGAAUCUUGGUAAUGUAAAGGGCCUCUAGUGUGUGAGAUUGUGUGUCUAAGGUUGUACAUUUUUUAAGUACUACAUCUACUAUCAUCUUUAUUCUCUUACAUUCUGUUUCUAAAUCAACAAAACUGUUUCUAAUGUAGCUCAUUAUGUGUGUGCUGCUAGCUUUGAUUCCAACGUUUUGAUUCCAAGCAAGUAUAGGACCCUAUAUUCAGAAGGAACAUUAGUGGUUGCAUUUAGGUCCAUUUACCUUACCUUGCCCUCCCUCACUCACAGCCUCAUUCACAUUUGGAAGCUUAUACCUCACCUUUUAAUUUCUCUAUGACCAAACACUGUAAGGGUUUUCCAACAAGACCAAAUUUGUUUGAUUUUAGAGUUUUUAAUUCUUUUACUACACAAAAUGUUAAUGAUGUUCGUUUAAUGUACAGCUUAUUUAUUUUAGCUGUUUGGAUUUUGAUUGAUAUUUUAUUUUAUAAUGAAUGAUUGAUUGUAGUUGGUCAUGUGGAGUUGUAAUGAAAAGUAGUCUUGGAAGUUUUAA